AACAGGCGAUGUUCAGUUCAGUUGCACACAGCUGGACACACACAUGCGUAGGCCUUAGGCAAUCAAAGUGCUUGUGCUCUUUAGAUUGUUUACUUGUGAAGCAAAUGGUCAUCUGUAUUCUUUUUUCGUCUUUUGUACGUCUUUUUUUUAAAAAGCAUGGGAAAGAUUUUUCUGUCACUCCUGGUGGUCUCUCUUUUGGUGGAUAAAUGGUUUACAUAUGGAGCGUCCGUGUUUGUGUCGCCACAAACGGCGAGCACGGUGUUGCGGAGGCAGCGCAGGUACAACAGCGGGCACCUGGAGGAGGUGAUGCAGAGGGACAACCUGGAGAGGGAGUGCAUAGAGGAGAAGUGCACCUGGGAGGAGGCCAGGGAGGUGUUUGAGGACAAUGCCAAAACGAUGGAGUUCUGGACUGGUUAUAUAGAUGGGGAUCAGUGUGAAUCCUCUCCUUGUCAGAACGGAGGAAGGUGUCAGGAUGGCAUGAGUUCCUAUGUGUGCUGGUGUCCCUCAGGCUUUGGUGGAAAGAACUGUGAGAUCGAGAUUGCUCGUCAGUGUGACGUGGAUAAUGGCGGCUGUGAACAGUUCUGUGUUGAAGAUAAAGUACGAGGUGCCACAUGUGUGUGUGCCCCUGGGUACCGGCGGGGGCCAGACAAGAUGAACCACUGCGAACCACUAAGUCAAUACUCCUGUGGUCGAAUUAGCAAAACCAUAAAGAACAAACUAUCCGGAAGAUCUGUCAUAGACGCGGAAACAGUUAACCUGAAUGACAUGUCAUUCAACAGCCCUCUGAACAUAUCAAAUCAAACCUCCUCUGAGAACAACACCCUUGAUCUCAAUGGCACAGCCAGUCCAGUAUCACUAGAGGUCCACAGCACCCAGCAGCCAGCAGUGAACAAUUGGACGAUUCCUCUCUGGCAUUUCUACCCAACCACCAAGACAAUCAUCCCUGAAUCAUCCAUAGACGAGCGGAUCGUCGGCGGAGAUGAGGCCACUCGAGGAGAGAUUCCAUGGCAGGUGGCUAUAAUCAACAAAGCCACCACUGUAGUCUUCUGUGGAGGGUCACUACUGAGUGAAGUCUGGGUCAUCACAGCAGCCCACUGUAUAGCUGAGAGUAAGGGACCUUACUUCGUCCGACUUGGUGAACAUGACACACGCCAGAAUGAAAACACCGAGCGUGACCACGAGGUCCACAUGGUCUUCUUCCACCCUCGUUACGAUGCUAAGAAGAGCCUCUACAACCACGACAUUGCUCUGCUCCAACUCCGGAACCCUGUCAUUUUCUCCGACUACAUCAUCCCCAUCUGCCUGGGCCCCAAGGACUUCACCGAGUCCAUCCUGAAGGGUGUGGACACGUCCCUGGUCAGCGGUUGGGGCCGGACACUCUUCAACGGCCGUGACUCGCCCACGCUGAUGAAGGUAGGGGUGCCUUACGUGGACCGGACCGAGUGUAAGGGCAGCAGCAGUGACGUGUCCCGCUUCAUGUUCUGCGCCGGCUACAACACCGUGAAGAAGGACGCGUGCCAAGGGGACAGUGGUGGACCGCACGCCUCCAAGUACAAGGACACCUGGUUCCUCACGGGCAUCGUCAGCUGGGGGGAGGAGUGCGCUAAGGAGGGCAAGUACGGCAUCUACACACGCAUCUCCAGAUACUUCCACUGGAUCUCCAACGUCACAGGCUUGACCAACAUGUCCACAAAGUGACCACGGACACAAAGCAAAUGAGAAACAGCUUGUUAAGAGGAAUGCCAAAUGUCUUAUGCUGUGUCAAUUCAUACAGGGACACCGCUCUAGUUAAUGUGCUGUCUUCGGCUAAACAACAUGCAGCGUCAAAGGUUGUGAAGGAUGUAUCGGAAAUAAUUGUAAGCUUUCUAAGCAUUCCAUAGAGACUGAUGAUAUUUAUUUAAUUCAAAAUAAUUCAUUCAAGAGUAAAAUAAAUAAAGAAACAAAUAAAGAUGUCCUCUUAAAAUAGUUUGU